CAGGUCUCGGGCCCUCAGGCGGAGCGGCGGGCGCCGGACCCCCGGGCGGAGCGACAGGUCUCGGGCCCUCAGGCGGAGCGGCGGGCGCCGGACCCCCAGAUGGAGCGACAGGUCCUCGGGCCCUCAGGCGGAGCGGCGGGCGCCGGACCCCCAGGUGGAGCGACAGGUCUCGGGCCCUCAGGCGGAGCGGCGGGCGCCGGACCCCCAGGUGGAGCGACAGGUCUCGGGCCCUCAGGCGGAGCGGCGGGCGCCGGACCCCCAGGCGGUGCGACAGGUCUCGGGCCCUCAAGGCGGAGCGACAGGUCUCGGGCCCCCAGGCGGGGCGGCGGGCGCCGGACCCCCAGGUGGAGCGGCGGGCGCUGGACCCCCAGGCGGAGCGACAGGUCUCGGGCCCCCAGGCGGAGCAGCGGGCACCGAGUCACCAGGCACGACAGUGGGCUC